UGGAGAUGUUCCUAGAGAUCAAAUACAACAGUGGCUCAAAACAAACUUGAGAAAAAUCUCUUUUUAAAUGUCUUUUUAAUUUUAAAAUAAAAAUAUAUUAACGCCACUCAUGAAUCGACAUCCCCGAAUAUGGCUAGCUCAGCUAGGAAUCCAUCAUCUAACUUUCUUUGUGUCAAAAGUAGACAAACAAUAAAAAAAUCAAAUUAAAUAAAAAGACAAAAGAAACAACCAAACAAGCCCUUCAUAUAAAUAUAAUACUUAGAAGCAAUACAUUACAUCCAAUUCAAAGUACUCAACAUGGGAAGGUUCCCUUUUUUCUUGUCUCUCCUACCCUUUCUCUCUCUUACUGUCAUCUUCCUCAGCACCACCAUAACACCACCAAACCCUGCGGCGGCGCUUCCACUCUCCACCGAUUCAUGGUGGAUCGUCGAUGAAAUAGGGCGGCGCGUGAAGCUCUCAUGUGUGAGUUGGCCUUCGCAUCUCGAGGCCGUGGUGGCAGAGGGACUUAGCAAACAACCCAUUAAUUCAAUCUCAAAGAAGAUUGUGUCAAUGGGAUUCAACUGUGUUAGUGUCACUUGGCCUAUUUUCUUGGCAACCAAUGAUUCAUUGGCUAGCACAACUGUUAGACACUCUUUUAUGAACCUUGGGUUGAUUGAUUCCAUUGCUGGUUUUCAAGCCAACAGCCCUUCUAUCAUUGAUCUCAGCCUUAUUAAUGCUUACCAGGCCGUGGUGUCAAACCUUGGGAAGAAUAAUGUAAUGUUGAUUUUGGACAAUCACAUAAGCAAGCCUGGUUGGUGUUGCAGCAAAUUCGACGGUAGUGGAUUCUUUGGUGACCAGUACUUCAAUCCUGACCUUUGGAUCAAAGGCCUGACCAUGAUGGCCACUUUGUUUAAGGGCACCACAAAUGUUGUUGGGAUGAGCUUGAGGAAUGAACUUCGUGGCCCCAAACAGAAUGUCAAUGAUUGGUACAGGUACAUGCAAAAAGGAGCAGAAGCAGUUCAUGCAAUAAACCCAGAUGUUCUUGUCAUUCUCUCUAGAUUGACUUUCGACAAAUAUUUAUCCUUUCUCAUCAAACAUCCGGUAAGCCUAUCGUUCACCGGAAAGCUAGUAUUCGAGGUGCAUUGGUAUGGGUUUUCUGAUGGAUUGCCAUGGAAAAGGGGCAACCCAAACCACGUUUGUGGGCGAGUCAUGCAUCAAUUUAUGAGGAAGGCGGGGUUUGUGUUGGAGCAAGGGUACCCCUUGUUUCUGAGUGAGUUUGGGGUAGACCUAAGGGGUACAGAUGUCAUUGACAAUAGGUACCUAAAUUGUUUGUUGCGUGUGGCAGCUAAACUUGACUUUGACUGCGCUUUGUGGACUCUUGCUGGGAGUUACUAUUUGAAAGAAGAGGUGAGUGAGUUCGACGAGGUUUAUGGGUUGUUCAAUUGGAAUUGGUCUGAGGCUAGGAAUUCAAGCUUCUUGGACAGGAUCUCUGGCAUCCAAUUACCCUUUCAAGGUAUUGAAUUCAUGACUUUUUUUAGAAAUAUAUAUAUUAUUUUUGGAGCACCACAGUUUGGACCAAUACAACAACCAGGCCAACCAGGAGCCAAACAACAUAAAGUAAUAUUCCACCCACUAACCGGUCAAUGUCUCCAAAGAAAAUCACUAUUGGAGCCAUUGAAUCUAGAUCCAUGCACAGACUCUGAGGCUUGGAUCUACAACACACAGCAAAAAACAAUAACCAUAAAAGGAACUUAUUUCUGUUUACAAGCAGAUGGGCUAAACAAACCAGUCAAGCUUGGUGUGAUUUGGAGUGGCUCAACUUCAAAAUGGGAGCCCAUCUCAGACUCUAAUAUGCACCUCUCAUCCAAGCUUGCCCGCCACGGCGCCCACGUGUGCUUGGAUGUGGACCCCAAUAACAAUACUAUCGUCACGAAUACUUGUAAAUGCUUAAAAAUACGUCAUAAGUGCGACCCUGCAAGUCAGCGGUUCAAAAUUGUUAAUAUUACUAGAAGUUUGAAUCUGACCACGCCUUUCCCUCGAUUCAACUCAGUGUUGGACUUCUUCAGAAAGAACAUGCUUGGGAGUCUCGUAGUUUUAGCAUGAGAUAGAGAAGAUAGUGAUGUAUUUAUACAUACGUAAGAAAUAUGUGAAAAGAAUAAGAGUAUUGUUAUUCGGGUCUCGUUUGGGAACAUGCUAAUUUAGUAACUUUUUGGCUAUUUAGCUAAAAUAUGAGCCUAAAAAAACUAGUAUGUUUGGGAUGACUUUUGACUUUUUAU